CGUCGACCCAGGCCAUGAGGCCGGCCGUGACGCCAAGUAUACGGCCCUUUGGACCGGCGUUCGAAGCGCACCCUAGAAACAAGAAGCAUAGUGGAAGAGGUGUCAAUAUAAGAGGACUCAUGCUAAUUCUGAAUUUUCGUGAUGUCCGAGAUAGUGUUUCUUCAGGUCAGCAGGUGUAUACAACUCUUACAUUUUCGAUGCAACGCCCAACCAUAGAGGUCAGUUGGGAUAAUCAUACGAAAUUGCAUACCAUGGCAUCAACAAGGCCACUGGGGAACCAAACUGACAACAAAUUCAAAGCCAUGUAUUUCCUUUUUGAGAAGAACAUGGAGGUGGAGGCCAUCGCCAGGGUGAACGGUGCCGUCCCUGCCAGUAUAGACAUCAUGUAUGGUGUGCCACACAUCGGUCUUACCAGCGAACAGCUGAAGAUAUUAGCAAUAAGUGGAAGCCAGUUUCAAAAGACAACUCCAAGGGAUAUUCCACACAUCGUAUCUGAUUAUGUACGUCUGAAGAUGGUGUCUGACCGAGUGUCUUUUCGAUAUCUGAUCUAUGCUCAUUGGGUGUGAUGUGUGGAAUGGGAAGGGAAAGGAGCAAGGUGACAGCCGCCACCACAUUUGGUUGUCAAUGGCCAUCCGCUGCACCCCUAGCCAUAUCAUCAUGUUCGUCGGAGUCUCUCGGUUCUGUUUUAGUGAUCAGCCCAUUCUCAGUCGCACGACGACACUAUGCUUUUUUUGGGGCUUCUUCUCAUUCUUCUUUGGCACCUACGGUAGAGAUC